GCACUGUUUCAAUGCUCGACAACAUCAGCAGCAAUAGUGAGUCGUCCGCCUCAAAAGUUGGGAGUUGCAGGGCAGCAGAAGUCCUCUCCCCUCCCACUGCCGAGGCAGACGCGUUUCCUUUCCAACUUUGCAGUACACACACGUUAUUUCCUUGCAAAGACAUUUGCAAACAUCUGAUUUGACUUCGGAAAACAAUCAUCGUCAACAUUUACUUUUGUUGCUGUUGUUGUGUGCCUAUUUUCUGACGUUACGGACCAAACCAGUAACUGAAUCAUAAGCAGUCUACGCUGGUGCGUUUUCUGCAGUGCCCCCCCCCCCCCCCCCAAAAAAAAUCCUAGUCUUCAAUUAAUUGAAAAAAAAAACUCAUCAAAACCAGCAAUCAGCCUUGGAUGGGCUCCAUCUUACCCGCCACUCUAACGAGGACAAGCGCGAGAGACGAUGAUGGACAGAUGGAUGUUGAAUUUGUCAGAGAGCAAUGUAUGAAAUAAAGGAGCUUGUGCAGCUGUACCUAAUGAAGUGGCCGGUGAGCGUUACAAGCCAGUCUCAAGUAUCUCGAGCAGAUCGGGUCUUAAGGUCAUCUUUAAUGUUGUUAAAUCAGUAACGAGCAGUCCGCAAAUGCGUGACGUGCAUUCGGAGAACGGUUUCAGGCUUCAGGCAAAUAGGCUUCUCAAAUCUUACUUCAGCCACCCGCUGAUGGUUGAAAAUCCACAAUGUAGAAAGUUUUACGCCUCCCACGUGUUUUGAACACAUUGAAACCUAUUAAAACACACCUGAAACUUACUAAAAGCUACUUUUGAAAGUUUUCUUUAGCGCCUGGUCGCACUCGCACAGUUCCUUAAGUGAAGAAGGCGAAGCGUGCUUGGUUAGCUGUUUAUUUGUCUUUUCCAGUUGAACUUUACUAUAACACCCACACGGAAAACAGAAGAGAAUUCAACAUUGUAUAUUUUGAAGACCAAAAGGUUCAACCAAGCCGUAUCAUUUCGUCUAAUGAAAGCCUACUAGCUUAACGCUAACUCCAAAUGUGAAACCACAUAGACAUGCUAAUGAAAAUUAGCAUAGAUUUUACGGUAAUGAUAAACCUUCAAACAACGGCUGUUAUAACGCGUAAUAAAGCAGCAACACAUGCAAACGAAGCAUAUGCUUAAAACUCUCGAUUGUGCGGAAACCCUUGCGCAAACAAUGAACCGCGAUACAGCGGGGGAAUUCUGUAUUUCCUGUGGUAGGAAUGAAACACCCGGAGGUUCUUUUGUAUCAUAUUUUGUACGUAACCAAACUCGAAGCCUUUCGAGUCCCCUGUAAUCUGAACACAGACUGACCCCUAAACUGCGUGCUUCUUGUCCCUCCAUCCAUCCAAGAAUGAAUGCCUGCAUGUGUUCCUCUUUUUCUUCGUUGUUGCUCAUUGUUUGCGUCACAUGAUGCAGACAAACACACGCUCAGUAAGUCAGUCAUGAGCGUUAGCCUGAAGCCGCCUAGUGUGUCACACAGGGACAAAGAUCUUAUAGAAACAAGCAUACAGAGAUGGGCUUUUAUUUACAACUGCCUUGUUUACACGCGCUGGGCGCAGAGCUGGCUUUGUGUGUGCGUGUGCGCGCGCGCGUACGUGUUUAUAUCAACAACUUUGGUGUGGUAAACUCUGAGCAAAAGUCCAAAUGGCGCGCAAAUGGACACACCCGCUUAGUAGUGGCUGUUGACACUGCUGAGGUUUUAGACCACCAAAAGGUCAACGCUUUUAGCAGCCACUACAAUGAUUAUAAUUUUACUGCUCUACAUUUGAAUACAAAUUGUCCUUACACUCUUAAUCCUAAAUGCAACGGGACCCUCAUGAAUGUCGUUGCUAACACAUGGACCUAUUCUUCACUUAUUUACAAUGUCAAAAAUGACUGCUUUGAAAAAAAGGCCAUCAAAACAACAAAGCUAGCUUGACUCUUGUACAUGUGAACGCAUGUGUUCCAGGUGGCUUGUCCCACGAACCGGACAAAAAAAAAACACAAAACAACCGCAUCACAUUACAGCCUGCCUUUGUCUUGCCUCCCACAGCAUUGCACGCGGGCGUGUGUGUGCUUACCGCGUGUGUGUCCUAUUGUUUUUGUGGUCAUUGAAUGUUUCCUCUUAAAAUAACAGAUAGACAGAAAACUGCAGUUGUCCCAGCAGACGUCAGGAAGUCGAGGUUCAUCUUUUGGUCGUGAUAGCGUGACUUAAAAGUAACACAAAAAAAACCCAAAAAACAAUGUUGAACCAAGUGGCACAAAAUAUAUUUAGAAUUGUGUUUUCCCCUCAUAGGAAUGAAUGGAAAUAGAAUGGAUUCUAGUAUUCGUAGGGAUAGGGACCGAGCCUGGCCGCGAAUAGCAAAAAAAAAAAACAGCGGGUAAUUACGACCCCCAAAAAUGUUUUGAUGGCCUGAUAGUAUAAACCGUACCACAAACUAUGAUCUCAAAACACUGUAUCAUUUCAAACUCAUUUUACAUUAUCCUUACAAAAUAAAUGGCUGACAGAUGAUUGGAUUUCGUACUAUCGUCCCCUAAGCGCGUGUGUACUGUACAUGCGCAUGCAGUCAAGACUCUCCGUAGCAACCCAGGCUAAAGUUAGUUUCUCCCCGACAUACAAAGCUUGUCUUUCAGUCGAGACGUAUCACGACAACAUACUUUCUUGGACCAAUUACUAUAGUACUUUUCUAUUGAAGACACUCGGGCCAUUUUGUGGCAUUUCGGGGAGUUUAAGAUUGAGCACACACAAAAAAAACCUGAAUCGGAGAAUUGUUCAAAGAGUAGCUAAUGAUAGGUUCCGCUGAAGAAAAAAAAAAAAAUAGGAGUAGGUGAAUUUGUGAAUAGCGACGCUCAAAUAUGCAUGCGAUUACUGUAGCUUUAAGUUGUAUCUAUUGUAAUGACCAGAAAACAGGGUGAAAGAAUGUAACAGAACUGGGAAAAAAAAUGGAGACAGUUUGUCUUCCAAGAGUGGACAGCUGGCACCUGUUGACCUCAAUUGGCGCAACACCCACACACACAAUUUGUAAAGGCAGAAUUCUUGUAUCAGAUCACGUUAGCUGCUGCAAGUGUCCCUAAUAUUGUGACCCGUGAGCUUGCGUAUGUUCCUCGCGUUCGUCUCCAACCGCACUGGGACCGCCGUCACCACAGCGGCGCACGACAAUCACACUCGGGCCGCGCCGUGAACUCGAGUAAGGCUCGGGCCUGUCUGACGGGUGCGUGCUUCGUGCCUCACUUCCUGUUUGCACCUCAGCUGUUAAACGGUGGGACAAUGAGUGCAUAAUCACUUUUUAAAAAUAGUCCAUUGCGUCCCUUUUGCGAUGAAUAAAUGACAAGGGUACAAUGUCCUCUCAGUGAUAAGAGGCCCAAUUGUUUUUGAACAUCACGUCAUUGACGACAAGUGCGUAGUGUUGCAUGAAUGGACCAUAAAACAACUGCCUUCUUUUUUUUUAUGGGCAAUGAACAAGAAAUACAAAAAUAUUAGGGUAGAAAGGAAGAAAAAAAAAAACAGUAGACCAAUGUCCUUGGUUUAUGAUGGUCCUGGAUUUAUUGUUUGGGUGGAGGAUUUAAAUUCACUUGGCUGCGGACGAAUUCGCACACGUGUGUUUACGUGCUAGUGUAAGUGUGCUAAUGUCCGAUUUAUGGUCCGCUCAAACAUUUAUGUAUUUUUGUCGGGGCUGUGUAGCUCUUGAUGAAGUUCAAUGAUUAACUCCCGCUGUUUGCUCAUGUGCUGCUUACCAGGUGGAACCACUUCCAUGGUCAACAAAUCUCACAUGGAGCAUUUUUGUCAUUCCUCGCAGAUGAGCGCAUUGGUGGAGAGCUAGGUGUGCGUUACAUGAAACACCCAAAAGGGGUCAGAAUUAUUGUUAUCGUAUGUUGUUAUGUAGUCUGUAGGCAGUGGGAAGAGAAGCGGAUAGGAGGUCAGUAGAAGUAACGGCGACUUGAGGGGAAAAAAAUCUGUUGAAGGCGAAUCCGGAGUCGUGCAUGAUGACGGGAGGGGGCGGACCGUUGCUUCGGGUCCAACUGUAGGUACAAAUGUUACAAAAUCUUGAAGCGGGCGUGUUCUUUUUACGUAUUAUCAGAUGUUUUAUUUCUUGCUUUGGCAUGUGUGACUAUGAAAGCUAAGAUCUGUCAUCGCGGAAGCGAACACACUCGGCUUGUACGGUACCAAUCCGAUUACAUGAUCAGAAAUCGGGGCCGAUCACGUAAUUUUCAGCUGAAUGGUAUCAGGUGAGGCACGGUUCUCUUGCAUGUUCUCCCCGUGCCUGCGUGGGUUUUGUCCGGGCACUCCGGUUUCCUCCCACAUCCCAAAAACAUGCAUAAAUUGGAGACUCUAAAUUGCCCGUAGGUGUGACUGUGAGUGCGAAUGGUUGUUUGUUUCUAUGUGCCCUGCGAUUGGCUGGCAACCCGUUCAGGGUGUACCCCGCCUCCUGCCCGAUGACAGCUGGGAUAGGCUCCGGCACGCCCGCGACCCUAGUGAGGAGAAGCGGCUCAGAAAAUGGAUGGACGGAUGGGUAUCAGCCGACGGACGGGCCACUACAGCGUCCAGCAGAACCACAGCGCGCUUCCUGGGGACAGUCCCAGCGUGGAGAGCCAGUGUCCCAGGCCCUCCGUGUGCUCCAAUCCUGGCUCUAGCCCCAGACACAGUCCCAAGACCAGGCUGCGACCGCGGCCGCCAUGUCAGCGCUGCAACUCCCAGGACUCUCUGGAUGAGCUGCAGAUGGAUGACUACUGGAAGGAGGUGGAGAACAUCAGUCGCUCGGCAGAGAAGGGGGGAAGUGAGGGCGGAAAUGACGAAGAGGAGCAGCAGAAACCCCCCGACGAGGGCGAGCAGGAGGAAGCGUGGCUCACGGAGGCGGGACUAGUGCGGCUGUUUGAUGGUUCGCUGGGAGCUGACCAGGAACAGGAAGAGGACAGUGCCGCGUUCUUGUCCACGCUCACCCGAGCGCAGGCGGCAGCGGUGGAGAAGCGUGUGACCUCGCUACAGCAGACGCUGCGGCGGCGCAACCGGCAGCACCUGCCUGACGUCCGGGAUAUAUUUAGACUGCCUGAAAAGGACAAAGAGCCAUGUGAGGUCCGAGGGGGAAGUGAGAACGCACCAAGUGACGCCAGCUCAGCCGAACCUGAGACGGUCAUGAACGUGGACGUGGCGUUCUCGGAGCAAGCGCUCACUUACAGGGACAACCAGCCUCACCUCGCCGCCCAAACGAGUCCGAACUCGCCCGAUGAUAAGUUACCGAACUUCAGGCUAUUGAGAGAUAAAACUGGUCAGACCAGAGUUGGACAUCUGUCUCCGCUGGAUAUGAAAAAGGUCCGAAGGCUCGCUCUGGUGGAGAUGACGGCUCUUUUCGACACGGGUGGCAUCGAACUGAAAGCGCACAAGCCGGGCAAAUCGAAGACAAAAGAAAGCGGUUUGUUUGGGGUUCCCCUCGUCACUUUACUGGACCAGGACCAGAGGAGGGCAGCCGGGACCAAAGUGCCUUUCGUCCUGCAGAGGCUUAUCGGUCAUAUCGAGGAGGAAGGACUCGACACCGAGGGCCUGCUCAGGAUCCCCGGCGCCGCCACAAGAGUCAAGUCUCUGUGCCAGGAGCUGGAGUUCUGCUUCUACGACGGCACGUUCCCGUGGCAACAGCUGAAGCAGCACGACGCCGCCAGCCUCCUGAAGCUGUUCAUCAGGGAGCUGCCGCACUCGAUGCUGACCGUCGAGUACCUCAACGCCUUCGUCGCCGUCAACAAGCUGCCCACAAAGAAACAGCAGCUGCAAGCUUUGAACCUGCUGGUUCUCUUGCUGCCUGAAGCCAAUCGGGAUAGUUUGAAGGCCCUCGUGGAGUUCUUCCAGCGCGUGAUCGAGCACCAGGCCGGGAACAAAAUGACCCUGAACAACGUCUCGGUCGUCAUGGCGCCCAACAUCUUCAUGUUCAAGGGCUGCCGGUCAAAGGUCACCGAGCAGCAGGAGUUCUCCAUGGCGACCGGCACCGCCAACAUCGUGCGGCUCCUCAUUAGAUACCAGAACCUCCUGUGGACCAUCCCCAAGUUCAUCCUAACGCAGGUCCGACAGCAAAACAUGGAGAGCCAGCGCAAGCAGAACAAAGAGCGAGCCAUGCGAAAGCUGCUGAAGAAGAUCACCACAGACAAGCCGCCAGAGCGAGCCGCUCCUGAGGAGAGCUCGCACGGAUUCAUCCGCGUGCAAGCGCCGCAGUUCAGCAAAGUGUCCAUGGCCCUCCAGCUCACCGAGGACCUGCAGGCGGCCGACGUGCUUACGCGCUUUCUCAGCCAGGACAGUUGUGUGGCAGUGAAGCGAGAGGACUUGUGUCUCUAUGAGAUUGGUGGAAACAUCAAGGAAAGGUGUCUGGACGGGGAAACCUUCAUGAAGGACCUCUUCCAGCUCAACCCAACGGCCGAGUGGGUCAUCAAAACGGCGCAGUGAUUGGCCGACGCCGCAAGCUGCAGGAGGUUCUGGAACCAGUCCAGUCAUCCGCUACCUGCUCAUAGGAUAGGAACAUUCUGAAUCCCGACCCGAAGCCUUUAAACCACUUGAAGUGUUCAUAACGCGUGCAUAUAUUUGAGAAAUGACAGUUUGCUAAAAUCCCGUGAAAUCGGUUCAUGUAAGCAUCAGCAUAACCACUAAUUGCGCUCUUCUUUAGCUGGAUGGUACUCACAAACUUGUGGAUGUCCUGUGUGUGUGUGUGUGUGUGUGACGCUAUGACUUGCACGACCUCAUCAGCAGCACUGAGCUUGAAACACUCCACACGCCCUUAUAAUCAUAAUAAUAAUAAUCCCUGCCCGUUACGCUGCUGCCUUCUUGGGACUGCAUAUACAGUGGCCGCGUGGCAGUGCAAGUUACAUUUCCUGUCCCACUGGGAUUGUUUCGAGUUUGAAGCUUUUCAAAGCUGUGGCGUUCACAGUGAUGCAACGAAGCCUUUUGUCAUUUCAUUUCCUGUGAUUACAAGUUAUUGAUCUUUUUCUUGUACCUGAUUUUCAAAUGACCACUACUGCAUGUAAAUAAACAGUUGUCA